AAUAGUUUUUGUGAGUGUGGCUCUACUUUAAGAAUAAUGUUUACCUUCCCUUCGGGCAACAAUGUAUUUAUUUUCUUUGACAGACAAUGCCGGGGGGUGAUAAAUAUGGACGAGUUGACAGACGUGGAUAAGGCUAAAAUGGAAAGAGACCAAAAGAAGAUUGAAGUCAAGCUUGAGAGAUGUAAUAUCUAUGUAGGAACAAUAAGAGAUCUGGAUUGGUCAUCAAAUGAGACUGUAAUGGCAUUCUUGAUAUUAAAGUUGUGUGUGUUACCGGUAGACCAUUAUUUUGUACGACAGACGUCUAAGUGCUGUACUGAGUUUAUGGAGGCCGUUCAGGCCGGUGUAGAAGAGGACACCCUGGUCAAAGGUAUUGCAGAGGACAAGAACCCAUUCAAGGAGUUUAAAGGUGGAUGUGUCAUCUGCUGAAGAGGACAGGAAGAACAGAUUAGACCCCCUCUAGUGCCCAAGGACAUUCCCCCUACCCAGGAAACAUUGCUGGAUCACCAUUAGCCAACCAAGAAGAAACAAAAAACAAAAAUAAUGAAUUUAAAUUUCU